AACAACCGAACCAACCCAAAAGUAAAACACAAUCAAUCAAUCUGCUAACAAGAGAAAUAAAAGAAAAAUGGGUGCUCUGGAUCACAUCUCUGAUCUAUUUGACUGUUCUCACAGCAGUUCCAAGCUCAAGAAGAAGCGCAAGCAGUUUCAGACGGUAGAGGUGAAAGUGAAGAUGGACUGCGAAGGAUGCGAGAGGAAGGUGAAGAAAUCGGUGGAAGGAAUGAAAGGAGUAACGAACGUAGAAGUGGAGAGGAAAGCGAACAAGGUAACUGUUCAGGGCUAUGUGGAACCUUCGAAGGUGGUGGCGCGAAUUGGUCACAGGACGGGAAAGAGGGCAGAGUUGUGGCCAUACGUGCCGUAUGACGUGGUGGCGCACCCAUACGCUCAGGGGGUGUACGAUAAGAAAGCACCCGCAGGGUAUGUGAGGAACACGGAGUUUGUUGACCCCAACGUUUCACAGCUGGCGCGUGCCAGCUCAGCAGAGGUCAGGUACACCACCGCCUUCAGCGACGAGAAUCCCGCCGCAUGUGCCGUUAUGUAAUUACACUUUCUUAUUGUUCGCUUUUUUUUUUAAUUAUUGCAGCAAAAUCAAAAAAUAGAAAAAGAAAAAAAAAAGUAUAACAGGUUAGGUAGUGUUUGUUGUUUCGUGUGAAAACUAAGAUAAGUUUGGUUUGUCUGUAAUCAUUGGUUCUUAUUUCUGAAUAUUAAUGUGAUAUAUUAUUUUCUUUUUGUUUUA